GCACCCGCAGCCUGGGCGGUCCGCAGGAAUGGCGGGUUCCCGACGGCUGGCGCUGGCGCUGGCCUCUGCCGUCCUGGUAUUCUCAGGUGUCGCUUUUACAGUAUUCAGGGAGAGCACAGUAGCAACGGGAUCCCCAAGUCCAGACACAACAUCUGACGCCUCAUCCUCAAGUACAGAGCCAACAUCUACCCCCUCCACCUCAAGUCCAGACUCCAGCUCCACAAGUCCAGAGACAAUGCCUGCCACCUCCACCUCAAGUCCAGAGCCAAUGUCUACCACCUCAUCCUCAAGUCCAGAGCCAAUGUCUACCACCUCAUCCUCAAGUCCAGAGCCACCGCCUGCCACCUCCACCCCAAGUCCAGAGUCAACAUCUACCCCCUCCACCCCAAGUCCAGAGCCAACGUCUGCCACCUCACCCCCCACUCCAGACUCCAGUUCCACAAGUGCAAACCCAGACUCUGUCUCCCCGGAGCCAGAAACAGCCUCUCUCCCCAGCUCUGGCUCUCCAGGUUCUGAGCUGAGCACUGCGUCAGGUUCUGAGCUGAGCACUGCGUUGGGUCCUGGCCAGGGCAGCCUGUGGAUCCCCACAUCACACAGGAACCCGGGCGUGGUGAUUGCCGUGUGUCUGCUUGUGUCUGUCUUGCUCAUUGGCUCUGUGUUCACUGCCGUCAGACGCUGUAAUCGAGAUGCGCCAGCUUUUCAUAAUCUGGAUACCGUAUCCAUGGGCAGUGUGAGCCAGAGGCUGCCGUUUGCAGACCGCCUACAGUCCUGACUCGCAGAGGCCGAGAGAUGCGUGGGGGGGGUAACACCUGGGAAAACCAGUGGCUGGAAAAGUCCCACCGUGCUGACCUGGGACAAGCCUGCGGCAGGAGGAUGGCUUGAGCCCAGGAGUUUCAGGCCACUUUGGCCCCCACAUCUAGUACUCAACUCAAAAAGUCAAGUCAACCCAGGGGUGAUGGAGGAUGCCUGUCAUCCCAGAACUUGGGAGGUAAAGACAGGAGGGCCCGGUGUUCAAGCCCACCCUGGGCUACAUA